CUUCAGAUUCGCACCUUGAAAAGGCACAUAUCCUCUUUCCUCACGAUCUCAGGUUCUAAGCUUCACACUUUACCCGUGUGGCGUCCCUGUCGCGUGUUACUUCCCUCCCUUCUCUCUGCGAUUCGACAUCCAUUGCUCCAGACGACUAUCCCGACGAUCCCGACCUUCGUCUUAUGCGAUCAAGUCAAGUAAUUAGGUUAACUUGGAUAUGAGGUAGCUUUUGGGUAUUCAUAUUGGGUUACCGACUACGCAUUACGAAUUUCUUCGACAUUAUCUUGCGCUACUGCAAAUCAGCAACAAACAAGCCCCCUUUCAAACCAGCAUUGUCCAGACAACAAUUUCAACAUCAUCAUGAACGACUUCUCUGCCACCCUUUCGGGGAAGCCUAAGCUCCAGCUUCUAUGGCCCGAGCAUGUCAACCUACCAUUUCUCAAUACCGCUCCUCAAAGAUAUCGAAUUGGCCGACGACGUACCAAGUCGAAAUCGCGACCUGGCAAUGAAGAACUCACAAGUCUCAAGACCUCUUUCAAUGCUUGGGAUGGCGUUCGUGAUCUUCAAAAGCAUCACUGGAGGACCUCAGAUCUUCAGUAUGCUGUAGUUGGACUUCUUGUUCUCUUCUCAUUCUGGAUCGCUCCUCCUGCUCCUGGAGUCAAGCUUCUUGCCAUCAUGGGUAGCGUUUGGGUUCUUCUCAUGCCCGCUACCCGUCAAUUCUUCUUGCCAUCGGUCACAAUUUGGACAUGGCUUUUGUAUUUCUUUUGUAGUCGAUUUAUCCCUAAUGAGUACCGACCUCACAUCUGGGUUCGCGUGCUGCCCGCCCUCGAGAACGUCUUGUAUGGUGCCAAUCUGUCGAGCAUUCUCUCCGCCCACCAACAUUCAGUUCUCGACAUUCUCGCCUGGAUCCCUUACGGCCUAUGCCACUUUGGCGCCCCCGUUGUCUGCGCCCUGCUCAUGUUUGUCUUCGCUCCCCCUGGUACAACCCCGGUAUGGGGACGCACCUUUGGUUGGAUGAGCAUUCUCGGUGUCACCAUCCAGCUUCUCUUCCCCUGCGCUCCCCCUUGGUAUGAGAUGGAGCACGGCCUCGAACCUGCUGCGUACGGCAUGCCUGGAUCCCCCGCUGGACUGGCUCGCAUCGAUGAGAUUUUCGGCAUCGACCUCUACACUACCAACUUUAGCACAGCGCCUGUCCCCUUUGGUGCCUUCCCCUCGCUCCAUGCUGCCAACGCCGUCCUCGAGGCUCUCUUCAUGUCUCACUGCUUCCCCCAGUUCCGCACUUACUUCAUCAUGUAUGCUGGUUGGGUCUGCUGGGCUACCAUGUACCUCAGCCACCACUACGCAAUUGACCUGGUUGUCGGUGGCUUGAUUGCCUCUUGCUUCUUCUACGCCGCCAAGGCACGAUGGCUACCACGCCGCCAAGAGGGCAAGAUUACCCGUUGGGAGUACGAAUAUGUGGAAUACGGCGACCAAACUACCAUUACUGACGAGGAGUACGGCGAGUACUUUGGCAUGGGUCUAUUGGGACGCCCUCGCGCCGAUUCUAGCGACGGUUGGACUGUUGCAAGCUCCAGCUCCAGCUGCGGCUCAAGUAGUGGAACUCUCAGCCCAACCUUAUCUGAAGAGGCACUCCCCGGCAUGCUUGACGAUGACCAGCUUUGGAACACCCAUUCUCCUGCUCGAGACGUUGAGUUGAGUGAAGUUGUUGUUGCGGCGAGGUAAUCAACACGUUUCAGUGAUAACAACCUUAACCCCCAGGCGAUCUCAUCCCGCGCCUGGUGACGGAACUCGCCAAUGGGAUUUUACGAUUUUAAUGCCUGAACCCUUUUAAUCUUCGACCUUAUACUUUUUUUUCUGAUAACAACUUUGGCAUUCAUCGGCACAGCGAAAUGGCGCAAUUCGAUGCUUUACAACGGCAGAGGCUGGAUUCUGGCGCAGGGCCGUCAGGGUCAGACGGCAACCUUUAAUAAUGGGUUCAAGGGGCCAACGUUGUCCCUUUCUAAUGCAUACCUGCGGAAGGACAAAACCGGACCUGAAUAGAGUAAUGUAUACAAACAAGAGGAGGUUAAUAUGUGCAUGGAUAUGCGAUCACGCCAUGUCAUGCACCGAUUCGCUCGUUGGAGAGCCUGGACGACUCGAGAGGGACAAGCUUUGCAUAGCUUCCCUACUCAUGAUGAGGAGGAAACAAUGAACGAAGGGAUAAGCGGCUCGCUGCCCAAGCCUGGUUGAUCCUGGAGAAGAAAACCCAGGCGGCGCAAGCAGGCGAGCCGACUUUGGUGGGAAUGAAAAGAAAUACCAAAGAUACCAUUCGCUAGAUAUUAGCAAUUAAAGAAUCGGCAAUUAAUGUCACCGUCA